UCAACACUCCACUAUCAUGACUCCCGUGCGUUCCUCUGCCUUUUUUUGUUCCCUAAGUCAAAGUUGUACGUCAACUGCGUAAGCCGCUGGAUGUCUCUACGCCAACUCUGCUGCUAGUUUUCUGUCACUCUUCUUCAGACAGACAGACAUGGAGCCUCCGGACUUCGAAGCUAUGAACUUUACGGUGGAGCAGGUGUCGUCCACGUACCCGCUGUGUGAGGAGUGGAGGGAGGGCGCGGAGGGCGCCGUCUUCCACCUCGCCAACAUCUUCCUCGUCUUCGGCUUCAUGGGCGGCAGCGGCUUCUACGGACUCCUCUACCUGUUCACCUUCCUCACUCUGGGCUUCUUCUGCACCACCGUGUGGGCUUGGGCGGACCCCUGCACCACCGACUCGUUCCUGUGGAGUUUCGCGCUCUUCGGCGUCACUUUGGGGCAGGUGCUCCACGUCGCCUACCGCCUGCGGAGCGUCUCCUUCGACACGGACUUCCAGGAGCUUUACCAGUGCAUGUUUCAGAAGCUCGGAGUGUCGCUCAGCCUGUUCGGGAAGAUCGUGUCCUGCUGCGACGGAGUCGUCCACACUUUAGAAGCGAACCACUGCUUCGCCGUAGAGGGAAAAACCGCCAUUGAUAAGCUGUCGGUGCUGCUUUCCGGCAGAGUGCAGGUGACGGUAAAUGGAGAGUUUCUGCAUUACAUCUACCCAUUCCAGUUUCUGGAUUCACCUGAAUGGGACUCUCUCAGACCAGCAGAGGAGGGCAUCUUUCAGGUGACUCUGCGUGCUGAUAACCCCUGCCGGUAUGUGGCGUGGAGGAGGAAGAAACUGUACCUGCUUUUUGCUAAGCAUCGCUACAUCGCCAAGAUUUUUGCCCUGGUUGUGCGCAAUGACAUUGCCGAGAAGCUGUACUCCCUGAACGACAGGGCUCUCAACAGGUCCGGCUUCCGCUAUGAUCUCCGCUUACCAAGUUACUGCCACAUGCCAGCGACCGAAUUAGAAAAAGCAGGUGUCCUGCAAGCUCCAGUGCAGGGGGGAAGAACCGCCUGAUACACACACACACACUCUGCUCCAGGCCUUAAACACUUGGAAGUGACUCAGUGUGUGCAGCAAUGUAAUGUAAAUAUAGUUUUAUUUAAGUAGGGCAAAGUAAGAGUGAACCAUUUAGGGAAAGUAGGUUUCAACUGAACUAAUCUCAUACUGUAUCUGAAUAUUAUCAUUAGAUCGCAAUAUAUCACAUAGUUAGAAGGAACAGGCAGACCUGUCACCAGUCAUGCUGAGUCAGUUCAAGAGAAUACUCGCAAGGAACUGCUUUGAUACAUGAGAACAGUUCCUCAUAACGGAUAGCCUAUUAAAUCCAUAGGCAACACCAUGGCAGCCUAAUUCUGUAAGUGUGGGAAAGAUAGCAGGAGCAGGCUACACUGACAAAAUGCAACUGAUACAUCCCACCCAUUCCCUCUGGCCCAAAGUUCCACCCCCCAUAACACUGGUAGCUGUUGUCUGUAGUGGAAGUGGGAAUUUAUCUGUCGUAUUUGUUGUGAUAGACUGGUAGACAGGUUGGUUUGUGACACACAGAUACGACAGCCAGUUGUUUUUAAGCAAUGAAUCGGUUACUGACUCUUUAAAACUUUUUUUCUCUUUUCAUUGUAAAUUUGGUUGUAAUGUUUUUAUGUGAUUGAGCUGGAGGCAAACUGCAGAAGUCAGAGGAAGCUUUUUGACAUUUGCACCUUGUGAGCAACUUUAAUUACAAGGAACGGGUGCCAUCCUGAACCGUGGCUUCCAAUUCCCUGAUACGUUCAAGUUGUACUGUCACUUUUAGUGGCCGUUGUUGCCAAAUAACAUUUCACCCUCAGAAAGAGAAAGUGUAAAUCUGCUAGAAUGAUGCACUGUUCCCAUGACAGACUGAAGACUUUGGUCCCUAUUAAUUGAGGCUAUAAGCGAUGACGAGGUCAGAUCUUUCAUUAUUAUUUUAAUGAAAGAUAAUUAUUAUUUUAUCUUAAUAACAAGAUUAUUUUAGUCAAGUGUAAACGCAUAAUAUCUAAAUCCUGAAUUGAUCCCCAUUGGAAAAAUGGGUUUUACAGUUGGCCAAGUACAAAAUAAGUAUCAAACAAAAAAUUGAAUCAAUAAAUGGGAUUAUAAGCAACGAUGGUUAGAUAAAAUAAAAACAAUAUGACAAGUACAGUUUUUAAAGCACACAUAUUAAUAUAGUAUAUGCACAAAUUGUUUGAUAAGUGCAACACAGUAUUAAAUGAAAUGAAUAUUAAUAAACUAUAACUUUAAUAAAUAGUAGAUAUUACAUGUAUUGUGUAAUAAUGCAAAUCAGUCUAGUGGCAAUAAAUCUAAGUGGUGAUAAUUGGAGUGAGGCUGGUGGGAGCCAUCCUGAUGACAUCGUGGUCACCACUGCUGUUCUACAGUCUGAUGGGAGUUGGCAGGAAAUGAACGCCUGUAGUGAUUAGACAAGUAGACAAGCUUCUGUAUCUAGAGUAAAAAAAAAAAAAAUCUUAUAUAGUUUAAUUAAAGGCGUCUCCCACUUCAUUACUCCUAUCUUUUCACUGAUUUCCAAAAUCAAACUGGAGAAUUAUAUGAUUGCUGAACAGGUCAAAGAAUGACGUGUCCAAGACAUUUAUGAAGUUACAACCACUUAAAGAAGUAAUUAUGACAGUGAUUACAUUAUCUUGUCUGUAAAUACCCGAGGAGAGUGUGUGAAAGUUUCUGUGUGUUUGCAUUGAAGUAGAAGAGGUAGAUGUGUUUGAAUUAAUUUGGUUAUUCAAGGAACUGCUGAAUGUAUGAAGUGAAACAAACGUGUGUGGCUGUUAAAGAUAUAAUGUGUAAUGUGCAAUGUUGACAGAUCAGAUCACUGUAAACAGGCUUAAUGUGUGUCAAAAGUAAUGUUUUACUGUUGAAAUAAAUGAUUCUAUUUA